AUGGCCGUGGACGUUUCUCCCCGACUCCUUGCGGAGUUGCCGCCUGCUAAACUCUCAAUAGAUGAAAUCUGGAUUCAUCACCCAGGUUACCCCGAGUACUCAAACAAUCUGCUGUCCUUUCCCCGGGUCGAAAAAGUAAGGGAUUCGGACGCAUUGGGUGUGCGCCAUUGGGUGAUCCUGCUCGCGUGUCAGAUAGUGGCCGGAAACUCCUUUGAUGCUGGUUACUUGACAUUGGACAGAGAUGGCCGGCACCGUGUGACCACAAGCCCGGACGGUUUGUUGACGGAGAGCAAGUAUUAUUUUAGAAUCCCCGAUCUUGACGAAUACCCCAUCGUCCCAAGCUUCCAAGAUUGGCAAUUUCCGCAUCACCGUAUCCCGGACUCAUGGACAGACACCUUGGGAUCGGAUGAUCGCACGACCAGUCGCUGUGGCAUAACCAAUGUUUCUUACGCCAUUAAGAGGGCGCAUCUCAUUCCAAAAGAGGAAGAAGAUUGGUUUGCCAACAAUGGCAUGGUGCGAUAUGGAGCCGAAAAGAACAUUGACGAUGAGGCAAACAUCCUCCCGCUGAGAAAAGAUCUGCACAAAUGUUUUGACGAUAAGUGGUUUGCUUUUGUCCCUGAUAUCGUCGAAACCGGCAGCGAGGAGGCGGCCUCUCCAUACGUGUCGUGUAUUCUUUCUAUGCCGGCAGCUCAACUGUGGCCUACCUACCAUAACAUUAUUGUACGGCAUCUCCACCCACGCUCCCGCCCUCACCUUUUCGCUCGUUUUGCCUGGGCUGUACUGUUGAAGGUCAAACCGUUCGUCACCUCCGGCCCUGCGCGAAAAGUUAUUCGUCUUUCCUUCAACGAUAAAGGCGAGGCGGAGUACAACAUCGAGAGGCUCACUACGACGGAACUUCGACGUCUUUACGGCGGUGGCGGGCGGCGUUCUGUCUCCGCGCGAGGGAAGAAGAGAAAGCGUGGCACAGAUGAUACAACACAAGAUGAGAGUGCCUUUCCGUCAUCCGAUGAUGAUAACGAUAUUGAUCUCGACGAGGAUGGCCCCUGGAGUGAGACAGAGAGUGGGGACGGUAAAGAUAUCAUUUCUGAUAUCAAACUGGAGCCAAAGGGAAAAGUCGGGGUAGAGAACAGAUUUUCCGACGACAUGCUACGAGCGUUCAACUUUGUGAUAUUUCUUGAGUUCGAUGAUGGCGUAGAGUGGGGGUUUCGGGCUCCGUCCUCAAGAUAUGCUGCUGCUCUUCAAGGGGAUGCCGCUGGCCGUCUUCUGGCUAGUGAGGCCGCUACCUUGAAAUACAUCCGGGAGCACACCUCUAUUCCUGUACCGGAGGUUUUCCAUUACUGCGCCUCCCACGAAAAUGAUAUCGGAAUUCCAUAUAUCCUAAUGAGCAAGGCCUGUGGCCAUCCCCUUGGGACGUUCGACUGGCGAACACAUACCCAUGAACUCCCCAAGGCGAAAGGGUUUUCGACGCCGGAACGAGUUUUGUCAACAGAGGAGAAAGAAAAGAUUCUGCGACAGCUUGGGCGCUACGCUCGCCAGCUAUUUAGCCUUCGUUUCCCUUCAAUAGGAUCACUGUUUGAGGGUGAUGAGGGCUAUUACAUCGGCGAAUGUCUUUCCCCGGGACACGUCCUCUCGUCCCGCGAAACGAUUGAGAAUCUCCCGCGUGGCCCAUUCUCUAGUGAAGAGGAUUAUUACCUCUCUCUCGCCACAGCGCUUCGGCGACAUGCCGAAGAACUUCCAAUGGGCCACCAUGUCCUUCGUGCGCCCAUCCCCGUCCCGCAAGAAUAUCCCACCUACGCCAAAUACUACACCGCGACCGAUCGCUGGAAUGAUUUCGCGACCCUUGAAGGGAUAGUAGAAUCGAGCGUAAAUCGAUUGCAAUAUUGCCUCGCGAGCGACGUCCUUCGCGACUCCAUUAUCCCCCAUAUGAUCCGUCCUACCGACCAGUUGUCCCCCGGCUUCCCCCUCUACCACCACGAUAUCAGCAUCCAGAACCUCUUCGUUGAUGAGGACUUGAACAUCACUUGUGUCAUUGACUGGGCGUUCUCUUCUACUGUUCCGCCGGCCCAGCUGCUCGCCACCCCAGGCCUCCCACAUCCCAGGGAUUUGGUGUUAGAUUUACCCCUGGUAAUCGCCUUCCGCUCCGGCUUCGAGGGUGAGAAUAAGAAGGGUGUAAUCGAGUCCGAUGACUGGAAGGUUGGCCAGAUGGUAUCGCGAUUCACGACCCUGGUGAAGCUGGACGCUUUACAAGAUUACCACCACUUGGAGGCACUCUGGGCACGCACUCGGGAACUUAUAACUCCUGGAGAUGAAGGAGACGACACCAAUACCCUAGCUGCUACUUUGGCAACGCGAAGCACGACGCGGGAAGCCCACGUGCUAGCCAGCGAACUCGCAGCCGAUGACGAGCCUGAAAGCAAGAUUCAGAAGGAGGAGAAGGAGUACUUUGAUGUAGUUGGGGUCAGGAGACUGGCAAUAACGCGCAAGGUAGUUUUGGCAUCCAAGAUGAACCCGCGAUUUGUGGCAGAGGCGCGGCUGUGGAGAUGUAUUGAUGCAGUUUUGGAGUAUUACGAUGGGCAAGAGGAAUCUACAUAG